CGUCAAACCUCCAUAACAACAAAAAAACAAAAUUUAUUGUGGUAGUUGGAGCACUAUGAUGUUUCUUUGAGUCGUAAACGUAAAAAUACUUUUAGUGACAGCGUUUAAAAUAUAUAUCUGAAGCUGUUUAUUGCAAAGCGUUGGUAUGGACAAGGACAAAUUCACGCUACAGGCCAUUAGGCAGGACCUGAUCGACAAUAAUCUUCAGGCUAAGGCCGUCAUUCAGGAUAUUCGAAACAGCCGUACAUCAAUCAGUGAGCUUGAAGCGCUGAAUGAGGCUGGGCGAGCUAAGUUGGCGGCGCUCCGUAAAAAUAUUGAGCGCCUAGACGAUUGGGCUCGCGACAUGUCAGAUCCGUCAUUGGCAAAGGAGGUUGACACGCACCGAGAGCAAUUCUCAAAGACGUUACAGGCAUUCCGGAAAGCCAACGUUUUGACCAUGCUCGAAAUUGAGAAGGCCAAUCGUGAAGAACUAAUGGCUAUAACAGGCGAAAGUGACCUUCGACAACGGCCAAGCACUGGUGCACGACACAACCGCAGCAGUCUUGUGUCACAGGAGAACGACGUGACUGAGAAGAUGCUGGCCAUUUCGCGACAUCUAUCGGAGACAACCCAGAAGAGUGCCAUCACGCUGGAAACGCUCGUAGCUUCAUCACAGAAUGUCGAGACAACCAGCGAUGAGCUCCAAAACACUGCUGGUACUAUAACGCAGUCGGGAAAGCUGCUAAAAAAGUACGGGCGACGGGAAUGUACUGACAAGAUGCUGCUAUUCUUCGCAUUCUCUCUGUUCCUCGCAUGCGUGUUUUACAUUGUGCAAAAGCGGCUAUUUUAGACAAUUUUCAGACCCCAGAUUGUAGAAUGCAUUUUUUUAAGGAUUAGUUCAUGGAAGUUUUAUAUGUAAGGAAACACGUUUGAGUUGCGCCUCUGUGGUUGCAGCGAAAUAUUCUUCGUUUGUAGUGAUAAUACAUUCGGUGUAUUGUUAUAUACAUAUGUGUACAUAUGUCUUUAUACCUAAUGCUUCUUGCACAUAUUUAUAUUUAGUAAAAUUUCCAAGAUUAAAAUUAUAUAUUUUUCCUAUAAAACACAAUUGCGCGUCUAGUAAGGACAUCUGGGUACCCCGCCUGGGUUAGUGAAUCCAUUUGCGUUGACCAAACGGCAAAUGUCUUGGUAAGAGCGUCUGUUUUGCUGUGGUUUGCGCUUUGUCUCAUGUCCAAAGUUGCUG